AUGGCCCUUGCUAGACGCGUGCUGGGGGGAGGAGAGGAGGGAGAGAGUGGAGGGAAGGGAGAGGGUGGUGAGGGUGGAGGUGGACAGGGGAGGGGUGCGGAGAGAGGGGGUGGUGGUGGUGGGCGGAAGGGGGGGUUGGGAGUGGGGCGUGGAGGGAGGAAAGGAGGGGAGAGGGGUGGAGCGGGAGGAGGAGCGGGAGGGAGGAUUGUGGGGAAGGUUUUGGCUGCGGCGGAUAGCAACGUGGCGGUGGAUAACAUGGUGGAGGGGUUGCUGGGCAUGGGCUUGCGCGUGGUGCGCCUGGGCCAGCCAGUCAAGGCCAAGGAGUCUCUCCGCCAGUGCACGCUAGAUGCUCUGGUGGAGGCCCACCCUCUCACACAGCGAGCGGUGCAGCUGAGGCAGCAGGCCAUGGCAACGCGGGAGCAGGGCCGGGCGGAGAGGAAUGAGGGCAGGCGCAGGAAAGCUGCGGGGGAGGCCACUCGCGUGUGGGAGGCGGCCGAUGCGGCUCAGGACGCCGCUGCUCUUGACGUCAUGGAGAGGGCGGAUGUGAUAGCUGCAACGUGCGUGGGGGCGGGAGACCCUGUUCUUAGCAUUCUCCUGAGCCGCCACCCGUCGGCCUUUGCUCUCUGCAUCAUUGAUGAAGCCACUCAGUCCACAGAGCCAGCGACGCUAAUCCCCAUCCUAGCCAGCAGGGCUAGCAGUGUGGUGCUUGUGGGCGAUCCCAUGCAGCUGCCGCCCACUGUUGUCUCCCAACGGGCAAUGCAGCUAGGACUAGACGUCCCACUGUUCUCGCGCCUGCAGAGCCAUGGCUUACAGCCGUUGCUGCUCGACACACAGUACCGCCCUGCCCACCCCAUCGCAUUCAUAGACUGCAACGGCGUUGCAACACCAAGCAGCAAGCCCACCACCGCGGCGGCCACUCCAUCAUCCCCAUACCCAAGCCCUGGCACACCGGCACCUGCACGUGAGCGACUGGAGGAGAGCCCUGGAGACUCCACAUCGUGGAUGAACGCUGCAGAGGCGGUGAAGGUGGGGCUGAGCAAAGCAGGUGGUUGUGCUGGUGAAGAGUCUGCUCUCUGCUGGCGGCAUGGCCAAGGGGUGUGA